UUGGUGCAACAACGCUCGCAACUCUGCCGUUGGGUCCUUGGGAAGUGCUUCGUCGAAUCGGCUGUAUCAUGCCUCGCUAUUGAGGAUUGAAACAUCACAAACGUUCCAUUUGCUCGGGAUAUAAGGGCUUUCGCUCCAGCAGCUAUGGCAGAAGCAACCCGAGUUGACCCUGCCGGUGUGCCCCGGAAGGAGUCCACCUUAUCUUCCGGCACCUUCACCGAGUUACCCACGAUCCCACAAGCCAAGGUAUUCGGUCCGGCAUCGCCUCUGGCUUCAGACGAAUUUGACUUUGCCUCCAAGUCGAGUCCCGCCGAGAACGAACCAACCGACUAUCUAAAUGGAGGAAACCCCCAUGAGAGGAUAUCUCCGCCAACGAUCUCCCCGAGCUCAUCCCAGCCACCGGCACUGAAUGCCGAUAUACCUUCACCAUCCAGAGCCAUGUCCGACGUUGCUGAACCGUCCUCCCCUGCUGCCGGCAGGAAAAGUGUGCAAUUCAACCCAGACGAUGCGAUUCUUGAUCCACCAACAGCGCACUCGAGAACUGCGUCCUGGGACACAAGGGAGGCUCUAGGGAAAAUCCGCGGUUCGGGUUUUAUAUCGAAGCUGAAAGAACUCGCCGGGCCGGGCGGUGCGCAGACCCCAAGAAUGCCGGCCACGACCCCCGAGUUGCCAUCGACAGCGAGUUCCCCAACCGCACUCCGACAUACAAACCGGCUCCCCCGCGCCGCGAACGAAGGGAGCGACGACGACGCAGAUGCUGAGGAAACAGCAGACGAGACCACCGCUUCACCUUCGAAAGGGAAACAGAAGAGGAGAAGGCGUAUGCGGAGGCUCAGGAUGGAAUCUUAUUCGGUCCCCAAUACCCCGCAGAUGAGCUCGCUGGGGCCUGAGACUUCAGAUGUCCAGAGCCGCCUGGCCUUUUUGAGGCGCACUCCUUUAGCUGGCAUCGAUGACCACGGAUUUUCCGAGGGCGAAGGGCGUGACCGCCUUGCUGGGCAACGUGGCUUGAGGAGAGGGAUGAACGGGAGGUCCAGACCCGGCGAAGAGGGAGAGGACGCUGACAGCCCUGCCGGUCUUCGAGUCGGUCACCACUUCAGGCGGUUGUCUGCUCUUGGAGGCGGCGGCGGCGUAUCUGACGGCGAUGCCAUGAGCCCCAGGAGACCCUUCUUUAAGGCAGACAGAGCCUCGACGUUUGGUGUCCAGAAAUGGCGGCAGGUCAAGGGCGCACUGAACUUCUUGCGCCAGAAGAAGGACGAGCAGUUCGACUUCUCCAAAUCUGCAGAACUCAUGGCAGAGCUCUUCGGCGGUGCACCCGCGGUUUUGAUGCUCGCAAGCAUGAUUCAACGUGACGAGCACGGCAAUAAGAGGAUACCCGUUCUGCUCGAGCAGCUAAGGCUACGCAUCACCGACAGCACCCCUGCCCCGGAUAAAGACAGCGAGCGACAUUGGAUGUUUACCAUGGAGCUGGAAUACGGGAGUGGCCCGAGCCAGAUGAAAUGGACCAUUAAGCGGAGCAUCAAGGACAUUAUGAACCUACAUUGGAAGUACAAGCUGGCCUUGGGUAACGAAGGGUUCCCUUCCAAAAGUUCCGAUUAUGGGGCGCGGCGGCCCAAGCAGCCGCGCUUUCCCCUGUCUGCUUUCCCCUAUCUCCGUGGCGUGAGAGGCUUGGACGACAACGACGAGGAGGAACUCGGCAACGAGACACGCGCCGAAGAGACCGCAGGUGAGCUCACCGCCGGUGAGGGGACGGUCCAGGAAGGGACCGAUGUGGAUGACAGGCCGCCCAUGCGCAAGAAGCGUUCACGGAUGCCCUACCUUGGUGGUCGGCGGAAACCCUCGACGCUCGGUUCCAACGCCGACCUCAGUCAGGUCAUCGUCGAUGCCGCUGCCCAAAAGAGGAAGUAUGUCGAGCGGCAGCAGAGGACGCUGGAGAGGUAUCUCCAGGACAUGAUUCGUUGGCUCAUGUUCAGGGCAGACAGCAACCGCCUAUGCCGCUUCCUCGAGCUGUCUGCCUUGGGGGUCCGGCUCGCGGCUGAGGGCAGCUACCACGGAAAGGAAUGCUACCUGCACAUCCAGUCAUCCCAAGGCCUCGAUUUCCGCCGUGUGCUUACACCGGGCAAGGUGAUCGCGAGACACAGCCGGAAGUGGUUCCUAGUCCGACAGAGCUACAUUGUCUGUGUUGAAUCGCCCGAGAAUAUGAACAUCUACGAUGUCUACCUCGUCGAUCCGAAAUUCCGGAUUGUCACCAAGAGCAAAGAUAAGCAACUUCGCGCCAUAAGCCGCGAGCGAGAGGAGGAUAUCGAAAACCUUGACCCCUCUGCCCCUCGUCCCACCGGCGGGCACCACACUCUCAAGAUCAUCACCUCCGAACGGAAGGUGAAGCUCUUCGCUCCCAACCAACACCUCAUCUCCCAGUUUGAGGAGUCCAUCAAGGAAAUGCUAAAGCACACUCCCUGGCACCUCGAAAAUCGCUUCGGCAGUUUUGCCCCGGUUCGGACAGGGGUGCAUGCCCAGUGGUUGGUCGACGGCCGCGAUUACAUGUGGAAUGUGUCCCGCGCCAUCAGCAUGGCGAAGGACGUGGUUUAUAUCCAUGAUUGGUGGCUGAGUCCUGAGCUCUACAUGAGGCGGCCCGCCUGCAUCAGCCAGAAGUGGCGUCUCGACCGUCUGCUCCAGCGAAAGGCUGCCGAAGGCGUCAAGGUUUUCGUCAUUGUUUACCGCAACGUCGAAGCCGCCAUUCCCAUCGAUUCGGAGUACACCAAGUUUUCACUGCUGAACCUCCACCCGAACAUCUUCAUUCAACGGUCACCUCAUCAGUUCAAGAAGAAUCAGUUCUUCUUUGCUCACCACGAAAAGCUCUGCAUCGUAGACCACGAUAUUGCUUUCGUGGGUGGGAUCGACUUAUGCUUCGGCCGGUGGGACACCCCGAAACAUCCCGUGGUGGACGACAAACCUACGGGCUUCGAACCUCAAGACGCCCCCAAGGAUGCUGAGCACUGCCAGCUGUUUCCCGGGAAGGACUAUUCCAAUCCUCGAGUCCUAGACUUCUCCAAGCUCCACGAGCCGUACGCGGAGAUGUACGACAGAUCGAUGACGCCACGCAUGCCGUGGCACGAUAUCGCAAUGCAAGUCGUGGGGCAGCCGGCACGGGAUCUCACUCGGCACUUUGUGCAGAGGUGGAAUUAUGUCCGACGUGGACGGAAGCCGACACGGCCCACCCCAUUCCUGCUGCCGCCGCCGGAUUGUAAGCCAGAGGAGCUCGAGGCCAUGGGUCUCAGCGGCACCUGUGAAGUGCAGAUUCUCCGUUCCGCGACGACUUGGUCGCUCGGUACUGAGAACACAGAACACAGCAUCCAAUCGGCGUACAUCAAAAUGAUCGAUAACUCGGACCACUUCGUCUACAUAGAGAACCAGUUCUUCAUCACCAGUACCGAAACAUUAAACAGCAAGGUCGUGAACGGUAUCGGCGAUGCCCUGGUCCGCCGCAUCAUCCGGGCUCACGAGAACGAUGAGGACUGGCGCGCCGUGAUCGUGAUCCCGCUGAUGCCGGGCUUCCAGAACGAGGUGAACCAGCCCGAUGGCUCCAGCGUCCGGCUGAUUCUGCAGUUCCAAUACCGCAGCAUCUGCCGAGGGGAGCACUCGAUCUUUGGGCGCCUGCGGGCUGCUGGCAUCGAGCCGGAGGACUACAUCCAGUUCUUCAGUCUCCGACAGUGGGGCAAGCUGGGCAAUGGCGUUCUGACAACGGAGCAGCUAUACAUCCACGCCAAGUGCAUCAUUAUUGACGACCGUGUCGCCCUGAUCGGUUCGGCCAACAUUAACGAGCGAUCGAUGUUGGGCAGUCGCGAUUCCGAAGUCGCCGCAGUCGUCCGCGACACGGACCUGAUCUGGUCGACCAUGGGGGGCCGGCCGUACCAGGUCGGGCGGUUCGCACAUACGCUUCGUCUUCGGCUCAUGAGAGAACAUUUGGGGCUGGAUGUGGACGAAAUCUUGGAUGAGGAGCGGCAGGCCGACCUCGACCGCGAAGAGCAGUUCGAGGCAGAGAUGGAUGAUAUUUACGAUGAGGAAGAGUCCGACCCGUCGCCCAUGGAAGGGAGUUCAAGACAACGGAGGUCUUCCUUUGCCGAGCCGCCCAAGACCCCAACGCUACCUCAGGAACCUCACAGCUUUAAUCACGAUGCUAGCCCGGAAGACUCUCACCGCCGGGGGCGGACUCUUUCGGGUAGCUCAAAACGCCAGGCAUCUGCCGCGGAGCCCUCGCUCGAGAAGCACCACCAAGAAGUGGAGGGUUUUGGCGCCGACCGGUGGAAGAAUGCGCAGGAGGAAGGGCUCGAUCAAGGUAGAGAUACCGUGAUUAUCAAUAACCGUGAGGUGCUCGUCAAAGACGUCGCGGCGGAAGGCAAGGGAACACUUGACAACCCGAAGGAGCCACACACACUUCGCCCCGUGUCUGGUGUCACGACUCCCGAUAGCGCCGGAGUUCACGAGGGGGCACCGCCGAUGCCGCCCUUCGACCGACGAACGACUGAGCAGGCCGGCCUUCCCCGGGCGAACCAGUUGCCGACAUUGCCCAUCGUCGAUGAUACGGACAUCGGCGGCCCACCGGUCCGGGUUGAUUCGGCAGGUCGGCCGGUUCACGGCGUCACCAGCUCGCUCCCCAUCGAUAUCAAACUGGCCGACAUCCACAAGGACUGCAUGCGCGAUCCGCUGAACCCGAAUUUCUACGACGACGUCUGGUCUCGUGCUGCCGAAAACAACACGCGGAUCUAUCGGCGCGUCUUCCGGUGCAUGCCGGAUUCGGAAGUAACCAACUGGGCCGAAUACAAGGACUUCAACAACUAUAACGCGCGUUUCAAGGCGAGCAUGGAUAGCCACCCAACGAACGAGGAAGGCGAAAAGUCCAGCCCGCCCCAUGGAGCAUCUGGGCAAACCGCAGCGGGCGCUGGCAUCGGCGCGCCGGGCCCUGCUGCCGGGGCUGCCGCUCUGUCCGAGAAGCUUGGUAGCGUAGCAAAAACCGCCGCGAAGAUGGGCCCGUCCGCCGGCGACAGUGCCAUAGACGAGAAGCGGGCCAUGGCUGAGGGGCUACGGGACGAGACCCCCCGGGCGAGCACGAACCACGAAGGAGAGGGGCAAGACAACGCCGUCAACUCGAGCCGCGACACACUGCACGGCACCGAGGCCAACACCCGCCUCGGCCCGGGGCUCGACGGCCGCAAGGAGCGCCGUCCCACCUUUUCCAACCAGGAGAAGCCCCCGCCGACGGGCGUCAGCACAGGCUCCGGAAACGGAAACAACCUCUCGACGGCAACAAGCAACCGCGAUUCUGCGCAGGGCUGCAGCAACGGCGCCCCCAAUGUCAAGCCGGCGGGCUCGCAGAAGCGGCGCCGCCGCGCCACGACCAAGGGCAGCCGGCCACGGUUCGGCGUGGCUGAGGAGUUGCUGUCCAAGGCCGACGCCGAGGACCUGCUGCUGCUGACGCAGGGCCCGCUGGUGCAAUUCCCGUAUGAUUGGCUCGCAGUGGAGGAGACGAACGGGAACUGGCUAUUCCAGGUGGACCAGGUCGCGCCGUUGGCUAUCUAUAACUGAGCGUGGCUGUGAGAUUCGGCGGUGGUGGAGGACGGCUUGCUUCCACAGGAGAUGGUAUAUAUAGAGAGAGUGAUGGGUCGCAUUCCGUGUUUGUUUUGAGCAGUUGCGGCGGCGUUUGGUGUCGUGAUAUUUACCCCCUAGUCACGAUGCAUUGUUCUGGUGCAUUGGCGUUCUUCAAG